UCUUCUACAAUCUGGAUUUCGUCUCAGCGCUUUCCCAACUGAACUUUCUCCAAGAUUGUGCACGGAUGAGUCGACUACACUACACGCGUUCCACGGAGGAGGCGACGACACUACACGCGUUCCUCUGCUGCUCGUCACCCGGCAACUGGGAGGAUGAAUGAGCAAACGUGGAGUUUGACACGCAGCGGCGGUGUUGGCAUGCGCAUGCGCAGCGGCUUGUUCCCGCCCUCUACCUGGGAGCAGCACACCUGGAUCCAACGAGACGGAAGUUUCUCCCAAUUUGAAAGAGUGACUCCCCAUCCAAGAAGAAUGAGGCCCCUGCACAGAGUCCUCCGAAGGAGACUGCACCCUGUGAAACUGGCUGUAGUGGCGGUGGUCUUUGUCACCUUUAUGUUCUUCAUACAAUGGGAGGUGGGAAGCCAAGGUCCAGUGGAGGAGCCGUGGAUAAAGGAGAUGAAAGACAAGCGGAACAGCAUGCUGGGCUUAGUGAUGGGAGCAGUCAAUAACUUGAAGGAAGCCAUGCCAAAGUUGCAGAUCAAAGCUCCCGUACGUCAGAGGGCGAGUGCAAAUAGCGUGUCCUGUUUGCCGGGCCGCUACACAGCUGGUGAGCUUAAGCUGGCCCUGGAGAGGCCUUUACAGAACCCGCUGGCUCCCGGUGCUGCAGGCAAGCCCUUCAUCACAGACUCGCUGAGCGUUGAUGAACAGAAAGAAAAGCAAAAAGGCGAAGAGAAGCACUGCUUCAACUUGUACGCCAGCGAUCGCAUCUCCUUGAGCCGAGACCUGGGUCCAGACACAAGACCACCAGAGUGUAUCGAGCAAACCUUCAAGCGAUGCCCCCCUUUGCCAACCACCAGUGUGAUUAUCGUGUUUCACAACGAGGCUUGGAGCACCCUGCUAAGGACAGUCUACAGCGUACUCCACACUUCCCCUGCCAUUCUCCUUAAGGAGAUCAUCUUGGUGGACGACGCCAGCGUUGAUGAUGUGUUGAAGGACGAGCUGGAUGAGUAUGUGAAAGCGCUAAGUAUCGUUCGGGUCGUUCGGCAAAAGGAAAGGAAAGGCCUUAUCACAGCACGUUUACUGGGCGCCUCGGUGGCCACCGGUGAUACACUCACCUUUCUGGAUGCCCACUGUGAAUGCUUUAAUGGGUGGCUGGAGCCACUGCUUGCCAGGAUAGCCGAGAACUCAACCAUGGUGGUCAGUCCAGAUAUAAGCGCCAUUGAUCUCAACACCUUUGAGUUCAUGAAGCCGUCCCCUCACGGCCAGAACCACAACCGGGGUAACUUUGACUGGGGUCUGUCCUUUGGAUGGGAGAGUCUUCCGGAUCAUGAAAAAAAGAGAAGGAAGGAUGAAACAUAUCCAAUCAAGAGUCCUACGUUUGCUGGCGGGCUCUUCUCCAUCUCAAAGAAAUACUUCUACCAAAUUGGAAGCUAUGAUGAGGAAAUGGAGAUCUGGGGCGGCGAGAAUAUUGAAAUGUCUUUCAGGGUCUGGCAGUGCGGCGGUCAGCUGGAGAUCAUCCCGUGCUCUGUUGUCGGCCAUGUUUUCCGCACCAAGAGCCCCCAUACCUUUCCAAAGGGCACUCAGGUGAUCGCCCGCAAUCAGGUACGACUGGCCGAGGUCUGGAUGGACGAGUACAAGGAGAUCUUCUACCGUCGUAAUCAGCAAGCCGGGCAGAUAGCCAAAAAAAAAACCUUUGGUGAUGUCUCUAAACGUGUGGACCUCCGCAAUCAGCUGCAGUGCAAAGGCUUCUCUUGGUAUUUGAAGGAGGUCUACCCAGAGAUCUUCAUGCCCGAUCUGAACCCUCUCCGCUUCGGUGCGGUGAAGAAUGUGGGCAAAGACUCUUGCUUGGAUGCAGGCGAGAACAACGAGGGGGGAAAACAUCUGAUCAUGUACCCGUGUCACGGAAUGGGAGGGAAUCAGUAUUUUGAGUUGUCCACACAUCAGGAGCUCCGCCACAACAUUCAGAAGGAGCUGUGUUUGCAUGGCGCUGAGGAGGCCGUCAAGCUGGAGGUGUGCCAGUACAAGGGCAGGAAUACGUUGGUAGGACCGCAGCAGGAAUGGCAGCUGAAGGAUGAGCAGUUAUUCUACUUGCCAGCAAGGAACUUGUGUUUGAGUGCCCGUUCUGAGCAUCCUUCUCUGGCUGCCUGCGACCCCUCGGACAAGCACCAGCUCUGGUCCUUCAUCUGACUCUUCAUCACCAGCUUGACUUUUAAUUUAUUUUACACACAUUUUGAAGUGUGAAUGUUAGGAGAAAUCACUGCAGGGAGGAAAUUGGACUUGAGAAAGUGAACGCCACAGACGCUUGGAAAAAUGAAGGUGUGUGUUUGAGGGCCAUUACACGGACAAAAGUAUUGGGACAUUCCAACUGUAACUUCCACACUUUUACAAGGGUGUCUCUGUGGAACAUUUUGUCCACAGGUUCCCAGUGUUGCCCUAAUUACGAGCUCUUUUCAUCUCAAAGGUUGUUUGGAGUUGAGGCCAGGGUUCUUCUUUACAAGUCAUUCAAGUAGGACCUGGAUUUGUACACGUAACAAUGCUGUUCCUACAAAGCUGCUCCAAAAUGCCUUAGAAAAAUGAAGAUCCAAUGUGUCCCAAGACUUUUGUCCACACAUGCAGUAUUCAGCUUGUAGAGACACUAUCAAAUCCAAUCUCCAGAUUGAUAAUACUUACAAUGUGUGUCCUAAUUAGACUGCAAGUGAAAAGCCGAAACACAAACGUGAGCAUUGUCCUUCAAAAAUGUAUUUUUAUACGGCAAAUGUAUUCCAGUGCCUUGUUUGUUGUUUUAUUCUUCACAAGGGGGAGUAAGUCUGCAUUUGUUGUUCUUUUCUAGAUGCUUGUUUAACAUUUUCUGACUGAGAUGUUUAGCAGUUGAUGAAUAAUUUUUUAUUGAAUGACCACAAGUGAUUUGUUUGAGAUGUCAUAAUUGCUGCAAACUUCACCAGCCUUAUCGUUUUGAUUCUGUGGCCAGUAAUAAUUUAGAAAUAAACAAUAUAUAAUUAGCUUUAUUUUGUCCUGAAGCUGCUUUGACAUGAUUGUGGGUCAUAUUUUAUUUUGGUAAGACUUGGGAGAGAAAGACUUUUGUUCAAAUUGACCAUUUACAGCUGUAUUACUGGCAGUGACCACCAGAGGGCGCUGUAGACUGAAAUGCCAACUGUGUUCACCCUCACAGGAACAUUACGUCAUGACAUUUAUUUCAAAACCAGGUCG